AUCACUCAAACAAGAGACAGGCUGGGUGUUUUGAAUUAUUAUAAAGUGUGAAGUGAAGUCUUUCCAAUCAUGCCUUGAAAAAUGUUGAAAUAGACUUGUAUGCUGAAUUUAUCACUGGAAAUCCAACAACUGAAAUACUGUAUCAAUAAUUAUAGACAAAAGUACAAGAAAUGGCAUUCAAUUACGCAAAUAUUCAUUCAAAUAGCAACAAACGGCAUAAUGCUGUUCCACCACCAACAACUGGUGGUUUAAGUAAACAAGGAUACUCUACUAUGAAUGCUAUCAGUCAGAAUGCCCUUUCAGCAGCCUGGGGCGGUAGCAGCCGUAAAAGAGCAGCCACAGAAGAUGAGUACUUUGAAGAUGAUGAAGAAGAACUGGUGCCAGAUUUGGCAUAUAUUCCAGCACCUGGGAGCCCUACUAGAAUUGAAAUGGAUAGGAAGAAGCAAAUGGAAGAGGAAGAAGAUGAUCCCCUAGAUGCCUAUAUGGCUGGCCUUGAAAAACAAGUACAGAAACAAACCCAACAAGUACCUGUCGCUCCCUCCCAACAAGCCGGCAUCCGCAACGACCUCGAAGAGGAGGACGUCGAGGAGUCCUACUACCGCUACAUGGAGGAGAACCCGAACGCCGGUCUACUUCCGGUAGAUGACGACAAUCCCGAUUUGGAGUACGACGAGGACGGCAAUCCGAUAGCACCGGACAAGAAGAAGAUCAUUGAUCCGCUGCCGCCCAUAGAUCACUCAGAGAUCGAGUACGAGCCGUUCAGGAAGGUGUUUUAUGAGGAGCAUCCGGAGAUUGCGGCUUUGAACGGAGAACAGGUGUCAGAGUUGCGAAAGACGUUCGACCUGACCGUCACCGGUAACGACGUUCCGAAACCGGUUUCUUCGUUUGCCCAUUUCGGCUUCGACGACAAGAUGUUGAAGGCCAUCAUCAGGGCGGAAUACACGACGCCGACGCCCAUUCAGACACAGGCUGUGCCCUGUGCCCUCCUCGGCAGGGACGUGCUGGGCAUCGCCCACACAGGUAGCGGUAAGACUGCGGCCUUCCUAUGGCCCUUGAUGACGCACGUGGCCGCUCAAAAAUCGGUGGAAGAGGGAGAAGGUCCGAUCGCUCUCAUCUUGGCCCCCACUCGCGAAUUGGCCAUACAGAUCUACAACGAAGCCAAGAAGUUCGCCAAAGUGUACGACCUGAAAGUGAUAUGCGCCUAUGGCGGUGGAUCCAAAUGGGAGCAGAGUUUGGCGCUGAAAGAGGGCGGCGAAAUCGUCGUAGCUACGCCGGGGCGAAUCAUCGAUCACGUGAAGGGGGGCGGUACGAACUUGCGCAGAGUGACCUUCUUGGUGCUGGACGAGGCCGACAGGAUGUUCGAGCUGGGAUUCGAGCCGCAAGUGAGGUCCGUGUGCGAUCACGUGAGGCCCGACAGGCAGGUGUUGCUGUUUUCGGCGACGUUCAGGAAGCGGAUCGAAAGGUUGGCGAAAGACGCUUUGCACGACCCCGUCAAGAUAUCGCAGGGCACGACGGGUCAGGCGAGCGAAGACGUGACGCAGCACGUGCUGCUGAUGAACGACCAGGAGUCGAAACGCAGGUGGCUGUUCCGCAUGCUGGUCGAGCUGUUAUCCGCCGGGUCGGUGCUGUUGUUCGUUACGAAGAAGGCGGACGCCGAAAUGGUGGCGAGAGAUAUAAAACUCAAAGAGUUUGAUUGCCUGUUAUUACAUGGAGAUAUGGAACAAGCAGAGCGUAAUAAAGUUAUAACGUCUUUCAAGAAGAAUGAAUGUUCCCUACUGGUGGCGACUGACGUGGCCGCACGCGGUCUCGACAUCCCCCACGUCAAAACUGUAGUCAACUUCGACAUCGCCCGAGACAUCGACACGCACACGCACCGAAUCGGGCGGACGGGCAGGGCGGGACAAAAGGGCACCGCCUACACGCUGCUCACGCCCAAAGACAAGGAGUUCGCCGGGCACAUCGUGAAAAAUUUGGAGGCCGCCAAGCAGGAAGUGCCGCAAGAAGUGCUCGAUUUGGCCUUGGAGAGCUCCUGGUACAAGAAGCAAAGGUACAAGAAGAAAGGUUACAAUCCUAACAUCGGCGGGACGGGCUUAGGAUUCCAAGAGAAAACUGCAGCUCCUGCGACUUCUUCUUCUGCGCCUGCGCAGCCGAGUGCGGCGCCUAGGGGACCGGCUACCGAUCGCCUGUCUGCUAUGAAGGCGGCUUUCCGAACUCAAUACCAAAAUCAGUUCACUGCUUGUUCAGAACAACCUAGUAAUUCAGCGACUCUAGUGCAAGCGUCAAAGAGGAAAUCUAGAUGGGAAUAAACUCAAAACACACUUUUAUUUCCUCGGGAGUGAUUGGAAGUCAUUGAAUUGUAUAUGAGUGAUACUUAUUUGUUCAAUUUACUCUUUGAACUAGAUGAAAUAAAAAAAAUUAGAUAAGAU